GGAGGGAGUAUUAUGGGCUGUGGGAGCCGCCGCGGCUGCUGCUGCUGAGCAAGAUGGAGCUGUCUGCAGUGGGGGAGCGGGUCUUCGCGGCCGAGUCCAUCAUCAAGCGGCGGAUCCGCAAGGGGCGCAUCGAGUACCUGGUGAAAUGGAAAGGCUGGGCCAUCAAGUACAGCACUUGGGAACCCGAAGAGAACAUCCUGGACUCCCGGCUUAUAGCAGCAUUUGAGCAAAAGGAACGGGAGCGGGAGCUGUAUGGGCCCAAGAAGAGAGGACCCAAGCCUAAAACUUUCCUGCUGAAGGCUCGGGCCCAAGCGGAGGCCCUCCACAUUGGGGAUGUGCACUUCUCUGUCAAGCCUGGCUCCAGCACCUCGUCACCCAAGCUCCACUCCAGUGCUGCGGUGCACCGGCUCAAGAAGGAUAUCCGGAGAUGCCACCGCAUGUCCCGCCGCCCCCUGCCCCGCCCAGACCCCCAAAACAGUGGGAGUAUGGGCGGGGCAACCGGCAUCCGUCCUCCAGUCUCGCCUUUCUCAGAGACCGUCCGCAUCAUCAACCGCAAGGUGAAGCCUCGCGAGCCCAAGCGCAGCCGCAUCAUCCUCAACCUAAAGGUCAUCGAUAAGGGGGGGAAGACCACUAAUGGGUCAGGGGCGCUGGCUCGGCCAAAGAUCCCUUCCCGAAACCGUGUCAUCGGCAAGAGUAAGAAGUUCAGUGAGAGUGUCCUCCGCUCCCAGAUCCGCCACAUGAAAUUCGGCACCUUCUCUCUCUAUAACAAGCCGUCUGCCACACCAGCCUCAUCACUGGAGGGGAAGACGGAAGCAGAGGGUUCCCAAGCAGCCUCCUGUGGGCUGAUUGUGGGCUCCACCCCUUACGAUGCCCGCAGCUCCAGCUCCUCUGGCUGUCCCUCACCCACCCCACACUCCUCCUCUGACCCAGAUGAUUCUCCCCCAAAGCUGCUUCCCGAGACCCUCAGCCCUGCCAUCCCUGACUGGCGUGAGUCAGAAGUGCUCGACCUCUCCAUCCCGCCCGAGUCAGCAGCCACCAGCAAGCGGUCACCCCAGGGGGGAUGUGGCGGGAGCCAGACACCACCAUCAUCAUUCCUCUCCUCCUCCGACCCAGAGCAAGAGGCAGGCGACUGGCGCCCUGAGAUGUCCCCAUGCUCUAAUGUGGUGGUCACAGAUGUCACCAGCAACCUCCUGACGGUGACCAUCAAGGAGUUCUGCAAUGCGGAGGAUUUCGAGAAGGUGGCAGCGGGUGGAGGUAGCAGCGGCAGCAAGUGAGCAGCUGGAUCCCUGCACCGGGGUGGGGGGAGGCUCUGCUGCGAGAAGUCAUGGUGUGAAUGGCUUGUGGUUAGUUUUCUCCUUCUCCCCCCUUCCCUCUCCCUUUUUGUUUUUUUUCUUGUUCCUUCCUGCUUGGAGACUGGGGUGGGAUGGGGGUGAGGGAGGCUAGAAAUCUGAGGUUCCCAGAUGUCACUGCUGUGAGUGGGUGGGGGUGGGAAGCUAUUGGUCCCAAGGAACAUGUCAAAUUAGUGUGGAGCCUUGGGGGUGGGGAGAGAGAGAGAGAGUGUGUGUGUGUGUGUGUGUGUGUGUGUUUGGGGCAGGGAAGGAUCUCUACGCCACCCUACCUGAAGGUGCUGGUGAGCUUCUGCUCUUGGUAGGGAGGGGAAGGGGCAUUGAAAAGGGAGCCCAUGGCAAGUAUAUGAUCCCUUAUGGUUCUUCUCCUUGUCUUCUCCUGAGGCAGCUCCUAAUCUUGUCCCCUUUCUGUGGUAUGGAUUGGCGCUCUCCUGACUUCUGGCCAAUGAUACCUGACAUUAUCAGAAAGACAGACAAGAGAUCAGACCAUAAAGCAUUGUGGCUAGAGCCCAAUUGCAGCACGGCCCACAUAUGGGUGUCUGCUCUUGCAGUUCAUGACCCAGGCUCACUUCCUUCUUGCUCUUAUGAUUGGUGCUAACUUGGCAGUUGUAUGGGCAUUUUGAGACCACCUGGGCCCUUGCUCCUUCCUUUCUUCUGCUUCUUCCCUCCUGGAUCUUCCAAUAUGUUCAGCCUCUUUGGGACUGUUGCUUCCAUUCUGGAUCUUCCUCCUAGUGUUCAUCACUUGCACUUGCUUGGGUACAGGGCAUAAAGUAGCCUUCCUAAGCUUUUCCGUGGUGGAAGUGGGAGAACUGCACAUCCGUCCUUCAGUCCAGGGGGAGAAAUGUACAUAGAGUGAUGGUGCCCCAGCAGGGUGUGGCCAACAGGUCAUCUUGCACAGAGCUCCACCAAAUCAUUUUACUGUCCUUGCCCUGCUGGUGGCAGGAAGGUGGUCUCCUCAGUUUGAUCUGUUCGGUUGGUGCACUGGAGUGGAUUCACCUCUGCCUUUCCAAGGUCUGAAAUUGCCUCUACAAUUGUCAACCAAAGGUGCUAAGAACCUGUUGUAAGAUUUACUGGGUCUCUUACACAUGUGCGUGAGUGUGUGUGCAUGCAUAUGCUUCUCCCAACUCCCUAGUUUCUUGCUGAACAUGAUUAAAAAAAAAAUCUGAAAUUGCCCCCACCCCUUGCACCUGGGAGCAGGUGAGUGCAGCUUCCAUCAUUCCCCUUCCCCUCUGUGCUGUUAAUUUCCAAGCCACAAAAGGACUCUACUCUGUUUUGUGAACAAGCUUGGUGGUAAGAUGCCGUUCUCUUGUUUUUUUCCGCUGGCGUGGUGCUGAAUCUGAGGAAAGCGGAGACAAGGGGAAGAGAGGCUGACACAGUCCAUCUUCAUUUGUGUCCUUGUAUCUGCCUUGAUCCCAUUAUUGUGAGCGGGAGGGUAUUGGGCCCUCUCAUUAUAGGACCCAUACAUUAUCUUACCUUUUAUAUGCAUGUGGGGUGGGUGGGAAUGUGAGAAAGGAACUCUGUCCAGAUGGCUCAUCAUCACCCAAAGAGCAGAUUGAACUGGGUAGAGUUCACACUUUUUGCAGGUGGCCACACCAGAAUUCAGGUUCUAAUCUGAAAUAAGUGUCCACAGGGAUUUGCGUCAAAACUACAAGAAGUGCGAACUAAAACCAGUUUAAUUCAAGCUUCAUGUCAGCCAUCUGAGAGAUGCUUCCAGGUGCUGUUAGUCUCACCCUGUGUGCACAUUAUUAUUAUUUUUUUAACACACAAUAUUUAGCAGCUAUGUUUGCAGGGGAGUGGGGAGAAGGAGGUUUUUUUUUCCCCCCCAUUCAUACACCAAUUCAAGGCUUCCUGUAAUGUGCGUGUGUAUGCGUAUGUAUGUGUGUAUUAAUAUCUGCCUGUUGUCUUUGUGGGUUUUGAGUUUUUUGCAUCUUUCUUUCACCUUGUGCACCCAGGAUUCUCUUAUUUCUUGACAGCUUAUUCUUAUGGCUGCAGCUUCAUGGACAGGUGGCUUGGGACAGGGGAAGAAUAUCUAUAUUAGGGGAAAUAGCAAGGAGACCUGUAUUAAAAGGAAAAGUUUUUUAGAAAAUAAUUAUUUUAUGAGGCUGCAAGAUAAGAGGAACUAUUUUAUGGGGUAGAUGCAUACUGGCCAGUCACUUUUUUUUUUUUUAGUCGUUUGGUUACUGUUUGGCGUGUAUGUGGUGGUGUUCCUGUUUUGUGGUAAUGAAGUUCAGAAAUGUUCAAAAAAGUUUGUGGGAGAUAAAAAGGGAACUUGUAAUAGGAAACUCUUGAUGUGUUUUAGCCAAGAAUUGUUUACUUGGCCAAAUUCUUUUUUUUCCCCCUGCCCCUGAUGUCUGUUGCUCGGUGUUCUUGGAUAGUUUCCAAACUGAAGGGUUUUCGCCUUCCUCUGGAGUGAUGAAUAACAGGAUUGUCCAUUAGGAGCUGCAGGUGGGUCUGUUGUAGGGAACCUCUAUGAGGACCAGACAGUUGGUGACCCUUCUCUCUGCAGUUGGGAGGUGAGGGGGCUACUGGGCUUUGGAAGAACUUGCAUCCUAGAUCCAUUUUGUAUUGGAAAGAAGUAUGAUUCAGUCAGCAGAAGUAGCUAGACCACUUUUGGGUGAUGUCCCUACCUUUGGGUUAUCUGCAGGGACUGAACCUCUGGAUCUAAAAGCAUGAGCCUCUCUACUGCUUGAAUUAAGGACCAUCUCUGAGUGCAGUAGGACCCUCAAGCUUUGUGUGGUCCAGUUACCAGAGACUGAUGAAGAUUUAUGCUGGUAUAAAAGUGGCUUUAUACUCACCUUUGUGAAUUUUUCUCCCCACUCUUAACCGGGAGAUAGAAAGGAAGGUCCCACCCAUGUCCUUUAGGAAGGGCAUGGGGUCAGACGAAGGGUUUAUUCAAAAGCAUUCCCCCCCCAAAAAAAAACAAACAAACAAACAGGGAAGCAUUCUCUGUGUCUGUGCCAUGUAUGUUCUCUUGUUGUGUUUUUAGAGAUUUUAUGAUGGAGUGGAAAAAAGUGAAAUGAUUAGUUUUGCAAAAAAGAGAAAAGUU